CGUGGCCACUCCUCUUGGGAAGAGGCGGACUACAACUCCCAGCUGCCCUAUCUGCCUGCCUCCUCUUCCUCCUCCUCCUCCUCUUCCUCUGGGUACAGCAGGGCGAAGGGUUGCAGGAGACGCCGCUUUGAGGAGCUCCAGGCCGAGCUCCGAGGUUGAUGCUGCCCCGCUCCGCUGAGGCCCCUCCAUGUGGACGGAGGGGGUCUGCUCCAGCGGCAAGAUGGGCUUCUACAUCAGCUCCCUCUCCAGAGCCCCCUAUGGCAACAGGGCCCCACCGGAGGCCUCACGCCACCCAGCCAAGCGGUACCAGGCAGCGCCCAGCUAUAACUACCGGUGGACGGAGCUGCACUACGAGGCCAGUCGCGGCAACGUAGAGAAGCUGAAGCAACUCCUGGUGACCUCUGAUAAGGAGCUGGUAGACCGGAAGGAUUAUUAUGGCAAGACCCCACUCUACUGGGCCGCCUACAAGGGACAGAGGCACACAGUCGAGCUGUUGCUGAAACACAGUGCCAAUGUCAACACAUGCUGUAAACACGGAGGGACUCCACUCCAUGCGGCUGUUGGGCUCUUUCCAGACUGCACCUUGCUGCUCAUUCAGCAUGGUGCAGAUGUGAACCUGCAGGACAAUUGGGGAGUGACCCCAAUGUACCUGGCAGCCUGCAGCGGACAAACUGAUUGUAUCCGGUUGCUGGUGGAGGCCGGCGCCUGCAUCUCCUACAGGAACAAGAGAACGGGAGCCCCUCCCAAGCGUCUCGUCUCCCAACCAGCCCUCAUCACCUGGAUGGAGGCUUGCCGCCGGCAGCCGCGCUCCCUGAAGCACCUCAGCCGCCUCUCCAUCCGAAGUGCUCUGGGUCACAGCAGGCUCCAAGCCAUCAAGGACUUCGACCUCCCACCGCUGUUGAAGCAGUACCUGAUGUUUGAGGACCUGACUCUGCCAGAGGGCUUGUAGUCCUCUCUCGGCAUUCUUCCCUGUGCCUGGAUUCUGCUGGCCCUGUGUUGCCUUUUUCCUACCCAGCCUCCUGCCUUUUUCCUGCCCAACUUUUGAAGCAGAAGGAACUGUCUGGCCUUUGGCUGAUGCAACCAAGGAUUUACCUGCCCAAAAGUCAGCCAGGAUGUUGGCAAGCAGGUUUGAAGACCAUUGCCAGUGUUGUUCGUGGAUUGCCCCAGGAUUCUGUACUUUGCCUUGGAACAUGGAGGUUCUCUUUAGUUGUUUGCAUCAUUGAAGAGGCUCAAACAUUGUGACCCCAAGAUGAACACCCAAAAUAAGUAAAUCACCACUUAUUUUGGGACCUCUCCCUCUUCCCCUUCUUUCACUCUUUAGAUCAAGGGACCAGAUGUUUCCUCACAGUGACAGAUCCAUAACUAUAACUAUGGAAAGGGUUCUGUGGCCCUGGACUGGGAAAGAAAACAAGUGCAGGGGUCCCCAGCUGGGAAAGCCACCAGUUUGUGAGGGAAUCUCCCCUUCAGGUUUGUGGCAGAGAAACCUUGAGAAGGGGGCAGAAACCUUUCCCAUAACCCUCCAUGAGCACACCAGCUGGAAGUUGGUCUUCCUAGAAGCUGAACGUUCCUCCAAUAAUGACAUACUUAAGCAGUAUCUUUGGUCCCCUUUUUCAAUGCCUCUUAGAAAGUUGCCACUAUAUCUGCCCCCCCCCCCCCCCCCCGGGCCCAAGCAGUUGGCAUGGAGCACUGCACAGCAGCUGCCUGGCACUUAUUUCCAGGAAUAAUGCUGUCACUGUCAUUACUUUACAUCUCCUCCAGUGAUAAGUUGACACACCCAGCCCUGCCUGAUAGUUGAAAUAAAUAAAUGGCACACCCAGUAUAGGAGAGAUUCACUAGAGCUAAACAGUGAGAGCCCAAUCGAAAUAGGAGCUGCCCAUGAUGCAAGGCAAGGGCUAAACUAUUAUACAUGGAAAGCAUGAACAAGAGUAAAGAAGUUCAUGGGGGCAGCAGGAAACCUGAGCCCAUCUCUUCCAUACCCAAGAUGGGCUGAACGUGUCCAGAGGAGUUUGCAUACUGAGUUGAAGAACUUGAACUACAGUCAGCUCUUUGUGUCUGCUGGGAAUAGAGAUGUACAAAACCCUUGCAAAAGUAGAAAAAACAGUAUUUUUUUUAACCCAAGAGAACACAUCUCCAGGAAUCUAAUCCUCUAUUGCAGUGGUUCUCAACCUAUUGGUCCCCAGGUGUUUUGGCCUGCAAUUCCCAGAAAUCCCAGCCAUUUUACUAGCUGUUAGGAUUUCUGGGAGUUGAAGGCCAAAACAUCUGGGGAUCCACAGGUUGAGAACCACUGCUCUAAUGCAACUGUAUGUUCAGCUUCAGUCUGACAUUGACCACUUUGUUGAGCUGGCAGAUCUAACCCCUCCAGCCCAACCUCUGGUGGAAGUUGUCCAACAUCUGGUGAAGUCACACCAGAGGAUCUAGAAUCUCUAGAUCAGUGGUUCUCAACCUGUGGGUCCCCAGAUGUUUUGGCCUUCCAACUUCCAGAAAUCCUAACAACUGAUAAACUGGCUGGGAUUUCUGGGAUUUAUAAGACGAAACACCUGGGGACCCACAGGUUGAGAACCACUGAUAUAGAGAUUCUUGGAAGGACCAUAUUUAUCAAAUCUGCAAAAGUCAAACCCGCAAAUUUGGAGGGCCAACUGUACUCGAAUCCUCAAUUUAGGUUUAAAGGAGGCACUGAAAUAAGGAACUGCAAGUGCAUGUUACAGCUUUAUUGAUGCCAAAUAGUUGGGGAAAAUAUGCAGAAAUCAGCAACUGAAAUGUUUUACACUCUUGUGGCUGAAUACUGACACAGCCUUGAGUGCAGAUACUCCCCAAAUCUGCACUGGUGUGGAUUAUGUCACUCUCAAAGCUUCAAAUUCUUGAUAAGGCACUUCUGUUCCCUGUUUCCAAGGGAAACUUAUUAGUGUUAGUUAUAUACCUUGACAGGGUUUACUUUCUGGAAGAUGUAAGAUGAUGCUAGUUACUGAGGAUGGGAAAGGGGAAAAGAUAACUAUUAUAGGAAGACUUCCUUAUCAGCACCUUACCCCUCUGUUUAUAGCUGUAAUUAAGGCUUCUUGUACAGAUACAUGCAACUUAAGCGAGUACAAUUAAGCCAUGAUGCAGCUCAAUAUGAGCUUUAAAGCAGACUAAGUUAUACAUGAGAGUUUCGUAGUUUGAGCGUUGGACUACAACUCUGGAAACUAAGGUUCAGUCUCCUGCUUGACCAUGAUUUAUAUGAGUUAAACACUAUUGAGUCCCAGACAAUAUUGUAAUAGGGUCACCUACAAGGCAGAAUAAACUAGGCUAUGGAGGCCUCCCCUUAUGUCGAUAAAAAAAGGUAACAUGGUAUGAAUAUGUCCUAAAGAAUCUUGUUUUACUGUAUAUACUUAUGUAUGUCGACUUCAUGUAUAAGUUCAGUGCAGGUUUGGGGGCCAAAAUUAUGGAUUUUAAUCUGACUUGUGGAUAUUGGGCGUUAUUUCAUGGAGAGGGCAAAGCCCCAAUGCUACGUCAGGGGGCCAGCUGCCCUUGGCCACAGCCACUACCAUUUUCCUAAAAACAGGGAUCAAAAUAGCACUGUUGUGGAGGGAGUAGAAGGGGUCGGUGCUUCUUUUAGGUCCUCUGAGACUAGACUAAGCUCUCGCCUUUUGACGCUCAACUCAGAGCUUCUUUCCUUUUUUUUGAUAAGAGUUAAGGUACAGUGGACACAUUGACCAGUGGAUAAGGUCAUCUAAGUGUUUGUCGUUGAUUUUUGACCGAAAUGGCUAGACUUAUACAUGAGUAUAUAGGGUAAAUAUAUUAUCUUCAAGCUCCACGUUACCCAUCUCUGAGACUCUUUCCUUUUCACAGACACAGCAUAGUGAUUCCACAUUAACUAACAUAGUUCCAUUUGAAGAAAUCCUGGAACUGAUAGUUUAUAUAGAAUUCUCGGUCAAGAAGCUCUAGGGCAGUGGUUCUCAACCUGUGAACUCCCAGAAAUCCUAACAGCUGGUAAAUUGGCUGGGAUUUUUGGAAGUUGUAGGCCAAAACACCUGGAGACCCACAGGUUGACAACCACUGUUGUAGGGGCCUCAACAAGCUGUAGAGUCCAUAGGAUGCAGCCAUGUAGGUAGCCAUGUAUGCUUAUUUUGGAGGUAGGAACUGUUAGCUAGAAGUAGUAAUCUAAGAGUCUGACAUGUGUACUACCCACUCUAGGUAUUUCACAAUUACAGAGCACAUCUGCUCAUGCCUUAGCACUAUUAAUUUGCUUAUCCCACCAAUGGUUCCUACACAUGCAAAACCUAGUGGAAGCUGUUUUUUUAAAGUAUUAACUCUGUAUCCACUGGUAUAUAUUUACUUGUUGCAAGGUGGAAACAUUCUUUGUUUUGCUUUACAAGCAAAACUUUGAGAAAACUUUUUUGUUAUGCCUAGAUUAAUAUUGGGCAAAAUUACCAUGAGCUAGAAAAAAAUGAUGAGAACAGGAGCCGAGUUUCAACCGGUGAGGUCUUAUCACACUAUAUAGUUAUAGCAUUAUUGUUCCACGUUUAAUUGCUCUGGAUCUAUCCUAUGGAAUUCUUGCAUUGGCAGUUUAGGGAGGGGCAAUUAGAUAUUUAUACCUUAGCCAGAGUGCUGGUAGAUUACAAAUCCCAGGAUUCCGUAGAAUAGAACUAUUCCAAUGGAAUCAUAGCAUUAUAAUUCUAUAUAGUGUGAAUAAGACAUCAAUUGAAAGGUAAUGACACACUCCAACUUUUAAAAAAGUAUAGAUGUUCCUUAUCCAUAAUUUAAAAAUCCGGAUUAAUCAUCCCUUACAUGGAUGCAAAUCCAAAACACUCCAAAAUUGUCUGCACAGAUGGCUGAGAUAGUAACACCAUUCUUUCUGAUGGUUCUGUGUACACUUUCCAUGGAAAUAUAAAAAUAUUAAAAAUAUUUUUAAAAAUUCCUUCAGGUCCUAUGCAUAAAGUUUAUUUGAAACAUAGACAAAUGUGUUUAGAAUUGCAUCCCUUCUUCAAGACACUUCCCCCACCCCCCAUCAUUCCAAAUUUCAAAUAAAGUCCUCAACACUUCUCGUCCCAAAUAUUUUGGAUGAGGAAUCUUCAGCCUGCACUCCAAGAUUAUCAGCACAGGAGGCUGAGGUGGUGACACUUUUGCUUUCUGAUGGUUCAAUGUAUACAAACUUGGUUUCAUGCAUAAAAUUAUUUAAAAUAUUAUAAAAAAUAAUUUAAGGCUAUGUGUAUAAGGUAUAUAAAUGACUGUCAUGUUUAGACUUGGAUCACAUUUCCAAGAUUUUUCAUUAUGUAUGUAUAUGCAAAUACCAAUAUUCCAGAAUCUGAAAUCCAAAGCAUUUCCAGUUCCAAACAUUUGAGAUAAGGAAUGCUCAACAUGUCCAUGUUUUUUUUUCCUUCUGUAAAUGUGACCGUUUCAGAGCCUUGAUAAUGAAGCUUUAAAAAGUUGUA